CGCUCCAUGGCCUCGCUUAAUCAGGUUAUGCGUGGCUGCCGCAAGACUUUCAAGAAGGAAUCGAAAUCACCAGCUCUUGACGCCUGUUUUCAGAAGAAAGGUGUCUGCGUCCGUGUCUUUACUCAGAAGCCUCGUAAGCCCAACUCAGCCGUCCGUAAGGUCGCCCGUGUGAAGCUUUCGAACGAGAAGGUCGUCAACGCCUAUAUUCCCGGAGAGGGUCACAACCUGCAGGAGCACUCCGUUGUCCUUGUUCGUGGCGGUCGUGUUCCCGAUCUGCCAGGAGUCCGUUAUCACUUGGUCCGCGGAGCCAUGGAUUUGCAGGGUGUUGCCAGCAGGCGCACGUCAAGGUCAAAAUACGGAACCAAGAAGCCCAAGAAGGCUGAAUAAGAAUGCAGGACGUAGAAGGAAUGGAGGGGGUCUAGGGAACAAGCGUAUGGGAUUGGAGCUCGAGAUAAAUCAUCUUUUGUACUUGCAGAGAACCGGAUCGGGAGACACAACUGCCAGGAGGACACCAAUUAUGGACGACACUGGGAUCGACUUAUGGACCAGGCAGGGAGACCAACAGACAAAGAAAUCGCUGUGCUUUCAAUAAAUGCAUUUACAUUGUA